GUAGGACGAUGACUUAAUUUUGUUAAAAUUUCAACGAAACCAACACGUUAGCGGCAAUGUAGGUGAUUUGCGCUCACAUUUGUCACUCGUGCGCUAAAUGUCAUUAUCCUCGAGUUACAACAAUCAGUAAACUUUCGGGUUUAAAGUUGCAACAGUUAAACUACAUUGACCAAAUGAAAAUCGUAAUUUAACUAAGGAAAGAAUUACCAUCGAUGAAUUGAUUCAAAACUUCUCGAUUCUUCCUGCUUUUCUCCUCAAGAAGUUAUUUAUCAAGCAUGCUUCGUUCCCUAUCAUCCACAAUAAAUCUACAAGUUCACAGAAAAUCCACAUCAGACAAUCCGACUGGAUCCUCCACGUGUCAAAAGCACAACCCGGUAUUGCUACCUACAACUCUGCAUUAUGCAACACUCCUCUCUCAGUGGUUUGGCUGCUGAAGGCAAAGUACUAACAUAAAGUUUCAGAAAAACAAUGGCAGCCAUUGCCGUUUCUUCACCGAAAUCCACCAUUUUUCAGAACCCAAUUUCUCUCAGAGAACCAAGUUCGAGCCUUUUUGGCGGGUCCUUGAAGGGUUUUUGUUUCCAGCUAAAACCCAGGAGCAAGAGCAGAAGGGCCGUCAAUUUGGUGGUCUCUGCCCCAAACUGCACCAUCAGUGGCAGCAGAGGCGGUGGUGACCGGUUUUACACCAACUUCACUGGGUUUCCUUUUCCUCUGGGUCCUUUUCUCAAUAGAAGCACUACUAGGACUGAGGCUGUGAAAAGCUGCAUAUGGUUAUUUGAACAAGGGCAAGCAUUAGGGUUCAGCACUGUGUCAACAAACAUUAAAAUGACAGUCAUCAAACUAAAAUCCCGAGGAUUCUUCUGAAAGAGUUAGGAGCUCCCGUAGAAUACAUAGUUCUGCCUACAUUUGCUUAUGAGCACAAAAUUUUCACUCAAGCUCAGGUACGGGUGGCACCAAGGCAAUAUAGUUGGCCUUUGAACCUGCCGCUGGAGUUUAUCGGGAUCUUUCGUGCCAAGACCUUAAAAGAUGAGGACUUCUCCACCUCAAGGGAGUUCUCAGUUCACCAGAAGUUGGUAAUACAAAGGGCAAAUGUGACAUCCGAGACUUCACUUUUUAAAGAUAUUGGGAAAACUCAUUUUGUUGUGAAUUUUCAGUUAUUGGACUAUAUGUGGAGGUCGCUUUCUAUCAUAAGCGUUCCAGAACUCUACUGAUAAACAGAUGCUGUAAUUUUUGUGCCAAGACAGCCGACUGAUUGUAUCAGCAAAGAAUCCUUGUUGGCAUCUGCGAUGAAUGGUUUGGCGGUAAAACUUCUCAGUAAAGGAAAAGAAGUAUCUCAAGAACCAGUAGUUGAUAACAAAUUGAACUGUCAAAAAGGAAGGGAAAGAAUUGUUCUCCAAAUCUUGUUUCUCGGUCCAUCAAAUCUGUUGGAACCGAAUGCUCGCUUUGCUCAGAUGUCACAAAAGCUGAUUGUCUCACCCAUUGUAAAGACCCUCGUCUUCAGCAAAGUUCCUGAAAAGGUCAGGGAUUGGGUUGAUGGAAUCGCACGGGACUGGAGGUUCAGGAGAAUAAUCCCUGCUCAUUUUGCUGCACCAAUCAAUGCAAGCAGGUCUGAUCUGUUAGCUGCAUUUGCCUUUCUGGAUGACCUUCUGGAUGAACGUUAUGUCACUUGGCUUUCACUCUCUCUUCUCUUCACAUCACUCUUGGGAAAGGCCGCAAGCUACUUCCCUCCUGAUGACAGGAAGCCUUUAUCAUCCCUCGGUCAGUUUUUGGUCUCGGUAGGAGCUGUGAGAAUGACCGUCUCGGGGAGCAAACCAUGACAUAACAUGAUUUGCAAGAUGCGAUUUUCAGGUUGAGAUUUCACCUGUUGAAUUUACUUACACAUGUAUGCUUAGGGUACAAAGGUUCUUUGGCCAAAAGAAAAGGCAAACUAUUUAACAUCCUAAAGUUGUACAAAAGCAAAAGGUGCAAUACAAAGCUUCUAAGUGUGUUGUACUUGGAAAAUAACAAUCUUCCCUGUAAGCCUGCCUCUUUUGGUAUUCAAUGGCCGUGGAAACUAAGCAAGAAUAAAGCUAGCUGUUGGAAUCC